AUGUGCGGGAUUCUAUUGCAUUAUUGUCCAAACAAUAACUACCUGAAUGAUGAGUUAAUCGAAUUUCCAGAAGGAACUGAAUUUGGAGAUACAACAUGUACCAAUGAAUCGUCGAUUUUCAACAAAAUCAUUCCGUACAUAGCCGCAAGAGGUCCAAACUACUCCUCUCUUCGAGCUGUCAAAGCUUAUCGAAUAAGUUGGUUUUCUUCUGUUUUAUCUUUGAGGCAGCCUUUCACGAAACAGAGUAUUAACGUGGAUGACAGAUAUUUCCUACAAUUCAAUGGUGAGUUAUACAAUAAAGAGAUAUCGCAGGGUGAUAAUGAUAGUCUUUAUAUUGCUUCUAUGUUGCAGAAUUUGAAAGAGGGUAUGGGCGUUAUUGAUGUUAUAAAAUCACUGGAAGGCGAGUAUGCUUAUACUAUAUAUGACGUGAACUCAUCCAAACUCUAUUUCGGCAGAGAUCCAAUUGGCAGGCGAAGUUUGUCUUAUUCGGUCACUCCAGACAACGAAUUGUACGUCGCUAGUGUAACGGGGUCUGCUGGGUCCUUUCAAGAUUGUAUAGGUGGAGUUAUUUAUGAAUAUGAUACACGAACUAAGUUGUUAAAUUCCAAUCAGAGGUCACAUCUUCCAUACGAAGUGACAUCAGAGAUAGAUCUGAAUUUCACAUCAUUGUCAGAGGUGUCUAAAAAUUUAUAUGCUGUGCUACGUGAUUCUGUAAAAAAAAGGGUAGAGUCCAUACAUCCCAGGCAUAUUGAAAACUCUCCUAUUGCGGUACUAUUCUCAGGAGGAAUUGAUUGUUCAGUAAUAGUAGCGUUGAUCUGCGAGGUGUUGCAAGAAAAUGAUUAUAAAUGUGGAAAACCAGUUAUAGAGCUUCUAAAUGUAUCCUUCGAAAACCCCAGGACUGGUCUUUUUCCCAGUGAUACACCUGAUAGAAAACUGUCCAUUAACAGUGCAAAGACUUUACAAAACUUAUAUCCUAAUGUUGAUAUCAAACUGGUUGAAGUUGACGUUCCUUAUGAUGAGUAUUUAAAAUGGAAGCCAUUUGUUAUCAAUUUAAUGUAUCCUAAACAGACUGAAAUGGACUUGUCUAUAGCCAUUGCUUUUUUUUUUGCGUCGAGAGGUAGAGGUUUCUUAACUUCUCUGAAUGGGGAAAGAACGCCAUAUCAGCGCCAUGGGAUAGUGUUAUUCAGCGGACUGGGAGCAGACGAACUCUACGGUGGAUAUCACAAGUUUGCCAACAAACCACCCCAUGAACUUGUGGAGGAACUUACAAGGCAAAUAAACAACAUUUAUGAUCGCAACCUGAAUCGUGAUGAUAAAGUGAUAGCUCAUAAUGGCGUGGAGGUGAGAUACCCAUUUUUAGAUGAAUAUGUUAUAAAGUUAUCUACAGCAGAAAUUCCCAUUAAUUUCAAGGUUAACAAAUUAAUCCUUCGAAAAGUUGCCUCGCAGUAUUUGAAGUUGGAUGGAAUAUCAUCAGAACCAAAAAGGGCCAUUCAAUUCGGUGCUAAAAGCGCUAAAAUGACAAAGGAUGGUAAUAAGCAUGGAACAGAUUUAUUAAAAGAAAAUAGGAAUUGUUCAUAA